AUGAAAGCUGCAAUCCUCACUUUGUUUCUUAUCUUCAUGAUGAUUGCUUCACCAUGCUUAUGUAAUGAUCUUGGCAAAGUUUUUAACGUUAUUUCUUAUGGUGCUGUUGGAAAUGGCAAAACUGAUGAUACGCGAGCUUUUGCAAAAGCUUGGGAGGCUGUGUGUAACACAAAUGGCAUCACAAGCCUCAUUAUACCAAAAGGAAAGAUAUUCCUGCUGAAUCCCGUCCAGUUCAAAGGUCCUUGCAAGGCCACCAAAGUUCUUGUGCAGGUUGGUGGGACUAUUGCAGCAUCAGCAAACCUAAAAACAUGGACUGACAAUGAGAAGUGGAUUCAUUUUGAAACUGUAGAUGGUCUUGCUAUAAACGGGGGUGGACAAAUUGAUGGCCAAGGAAGUGUUUGGUGGAAUGCUUGCAGUGACAAGGAGCAUUGUGAUGAUCGACCCACUGCUCUUCACUUUCACAACUGCAGUGGCCUUCAGCUAAGCAAUUUGAGGCAUCUUAAUAGUCAAAAAAAUCACAUAAGCAUAAGUGGCUGCAAGGGAGUUAAAAUCAAUAAUCUUCGUAUUUCUGCACCUGAAGAUAGCCCAAACACCGAUGGUAUUGACAUUUCUACCUCAAGCAAUAUCGAAGUCCUAAACACUGUGAUGGAAACUGGUGAUGAUUGUAUUGCUAUCAACGGUGGGUCAUCAAAUAUUACCAUCUCUGGUGUUGCAUGUGGACCAGGCCAUGGUAUUAGCAUUGGCAGCCUUGGAAAAAAUGAAGCUUUUGACACUGUAGAAGAAGUACAUGUGAGGAAUUGCACUUUUAAAGGAACCCAAAAUGCAGCAAGAAUCAAGACAUGGCAGGGUGGAAAAGGGUAUGCUAGGAAGAUCUCUUAUGAGAAUAUCCAAAUUAUAAAUUCUCAAAACCCUAUCAUUAUUGACCAAAACUACAACCCUAAUUCUCUGAAUGCCAAUGCACAGUCAGCAGUGGAGAUUAGCAACGUGGCAUUCAGAAAUGUGUACGGAACUUCGGUUGAUGAGAUAGCCGUUGAUCUAGUUUGCAGUGAUCACAUUGGUUGCACCAACAUUGUGUUGAAUAAUAUUGAUAUAAAAUCGGCUAUUCCAGGGAAGCAGACUAUUUCUCGCUGCAACAAUGUUCAUGGAUCAACCUUGUCACCCUGCAAUCCUAUUGUUCCAUGCCUAUCUCACUGA